AUCGAUAAUACCUCACACUAAUAUUGUGUCAUUUUGAAUUGUAGUCGUCAUCCAUGUACAAAAGAAGUUUACGAGGCUCGUUUAGUCAGCCAUCCUAUACAGAACCAGUAAUAAACCUAAGAAGUCUAGACAAACUUCAUGAUCAAAGUCACUCGAAGAAGCAUCAUCGUUAUCAUAAAAGUAGAAGCGCUUCAAACCAUGAUUCUUCACUUGGUGUUGUUUGUGACAAAAGAACUCGUGAUUCAAAAUUAGGGCUAGUCGAAGAAUUUGAAGAUGAUGAGACGAAUAAGUUUCAUUUGAAAAGUACUCAUAUUAGUGAAAAUCCAACAGUUAGUAAAACGUCUCCUCAAAAUAACCGUUUGUUAUCUCAUGAUCGAGAAACCUUUGGAUACGAGUCGUCCAAUAUGUUCAACUCGACUCCUAAUUUGAAUCACCUCUACUCACACGUACCUCGACAUCAAACAAAUCAAACUUUCAUUACCGAACCUGAAGAAUAUGACCAAUAUAUAUCAGACGAUUCACAGAUACAGCAGUUGUUUCCUGAAACAGUCCAAUCCAUGCCAUGUUCGCCUAGAGUCAAUAAACUCUUUGAGGAUCAGUGUGUUAUCGACCCCUGCCUUACUAAUUCUGAACAUUUUGGACACAUUUAUCAACCAAAUACAAAUCUCAACAUAUAUGAGUUUUACGAAUGUCAAUUAAAUAAACAGCUAACAAAGUUGAGUAUGCUUCACGCUCAACAAUUAAAUAUUCAGGUUUUGUUGGAGCGUGAAUGGAUGAAAUUGCACAAGCUGAAUUGUUUGAAAAUGGCUAAGUACGGAUGUAACGAUAUUAAAAAAUCCGAAAACUAUGAUCAAUCUCAAUAUCCAUUUAUUGAAAAUAUAAAUAAUGCAAGACAUUUGCAUUCAACAAGUAACACUAAUACAAUACCAAUUCAUUCACCUGAAAUGCGUAAUAUGAAUUCAUUUAAGCAUCAUAAUGAUUUACUUUAUUUAAGUAAAAAUUUCAAAUCUGCUGAAUGUGGACUAAAUAAUUUAGAUGGUGGUGAUAACCAAGUAUUUAAUAUUGAUGCAUAUAAUGAUAAUGUUUUAGCAAGAAUGCAAGAACGAAGUCGUAAUAGUGCAGAUGAAGGAACAUUUAACUUGAAUUCAAAUUACCGUAUGAUUUCACCAAAUUAUACAUUAAAAGAUAGAAAACCUGUACAUAAUUUAAAUUCAACUAUACCUUAUACUAGAGAUCAUCUCUACUCACAAGAACUACUGAAUCGUUUAAUUCAAAGUUCACAGUCAAACGGUUACACAAAUUAUACACCAGUUUUUAACAAACCAUCACAUAAAUUAUCAACCAAAAAUAAUUAUCAUUUUUCUGAAUUAAAUAAUCAACAAAUUAUCAAAAAACCAAGUAUACCAAAAAGUGGUUCACCAUCAAAAGAAAGUUAUUUAACAUCUUCCGAAAUUGAAAUUCAUUUACCAAGAGAAUAUCAAUCUUUUCAAUCAAAUCAACAUUCAAAGAAUUCACUUCAACCUACUAUAAAUUCUAAUAAUAUCAGUAUAAACAAUCAAAAUUUAACAAAAACAUUUUCAGAGAACCAAAAUUUGAAACAAUCUAAAUUGAAUAAAUAUUCAAGUUCUGAUCGAUUAUCUUUAAAGAAAUAUUUAAAAUCUGAUUGUAAAAAGAAACUUUUAUUAAAUCGAGAUGAUUCAAAACUACCAAUAAAUAGAUCUAAAAGUCCACCACAAAUGUUUAUAUUACGUAAAAGUGCAUCACAACCUUGUAUUUACAAAAAUGAUAUAAAUAAGGAAGAAAUUAACAGAUCGAGUCCUCCUCAAAAAUAUCCUCUUAUCAAACAAAGUAGUGAAUUGAAUGCAAACAAAUCAUCAACUGAAUCAAUUGAUGGAGAAAUUUUGGAUAUUGAUUAUAAGGCUUCAACAUCGUUAUGGUAUGAUCACAGUGAUAAUAAUAGUAAUGUGAAGAAAAAUACUUUUAAUGGUGUUGUUAAUCAUGGUAAUGAUCAAUACUGUUUACAAGAUACUAGUCAAUUAUUACCAUCAUAUCCUCGUAUAAUAAAACAAGUUUCUAAAUUGCCUAAACACAUUGAAGUGGAUAAAGAAAAAGAUUACGAAUAUAGUUCAAAUUCAACAAGCCAGUCAAGUACUUCAAAUUUCACAAAUAAUCAUAUAAAAACUAAACAUAAAUCUAUGACGAAUUAUCAAUAUAAUGAUAAUAAAUUAAAAGUUAUUCAUGCAACUGAUAAUACUAAUAGUGUGAAGAAGCCGAUAUAUGAACAAAAUGAAACUAGUUAUAAUAACGUACAUAUAUCAAGAGAAUGUAAACAAAAUAAUAUUAUUGAUCGCAAUGAUUCCUCCAUUUUAUCAAACUCUUUGUCUACGUUAAAAUUGUCGAAUGGAACUGCAAAUCAACAAAACCGAAUCAUAAGUAGCAACUGCACUACUGCUAUGAUAAAGACUAAUAAUAAUAGUAAUAAUAAUGGUGAUUUGAAUAAAUUUAUAAAGCAUACAUCCGAUGAUCAGUUGAAUAAUUAUGAGUUAGAUUUAACAAAUGACUCUGGUAUAUCAUCUGUGAAUAAAGAUUCCAUAAUACCAAGUGGUGUAAUAUAUUUACAUAAAGAAAUUAAUCAUAUGGUAUUUGGUCCUUCUCGUAAUCCACUCAAUAAUGCUGUGUUGAAUUUCACAAUUAGUGAACGAAUAAAUACACCAACAUGGUUAGCUUUAUGCACGGAUGAAAUGAAAGUUUAUGUCUAUGAUUUAUGGACCCAUAGUUGUUUAACAGAAUUUAUGAAUCAUGCUAUUUCAUCAACGAGUCCUGUAUUACAUCUGUUCUCAUUGAAUCCAUUAGAAUAUUCUGAUAAUUCAAAAGCACAUGUUGGAUUUCUAUGUGUUGUUCAAAAGAAUGGAAUUUUAACACUAUAUAACAUAGCUACUCGAAAUAUGAUUUCAAGAACAAUAUUGGAAUGUGAAGUAUAUUGUGCUAGUUUAAUUCCAUGUCAAGGUAAACUAGAUCAAUAUUUACCUCAAUCUAUAUUCAGUAUUGAUACAUAUGGUUCAUUAACUAUUUCUCAAUGGAAAAUUAUAACAAAUAAUAAAGACACAGUUCUCAAUGAACCCACAUUAUGUGAUGAAACAUUAGAAAUUGGAACAAACAUUUUUAAAGAGAUAUCACGUAAAGGAAAACAUGGAGAUUUUAAAUAUUGUACAUACAUUCACGACAACUUUCGUUCACAACCUAAUGGUGAAUUAAAAUUAAAUAAAACAAACUCGAAUAUUGAUAAUUCACAAAUGUAUUCAUUCAAUGAUAUAAAUCCAUGUGAAUUUAGUUUUAUUACUGCAGCUUAUGAAUGUACAAGAAGAAAAAUUCUACGUUUAACAAAUUGGAUUUGUAAAAGCAAAGGUUUACGUAAUACUGUAUCAUAUAAUAAAAUUUUAUCAAAUGAUCCUAAUUCUAAUUUAAUUGAUAUGACAGUUGUUGAAAGUGGAUGUUCUGGUAGUUUAUGUAUGUGUUUUACAAAUGAAAUAUUUUGGCUUAGUUUACAUACAUUUGAUAUAUUAUCCAAAUUUAAAUUACCUACAUUUAUGCAACCAAUUAAUUGUUUAUCAAAAUCAUGGCCACAACCAGCUGAUUUAAAUCAAUCUCAGCAUAGACGUACAUGGAUAUCUGUAAAUAGAAAUCGUUUAUUAGAAAUUUCUCCAUUUGAAAGUCAACGUCGUUUAGAUACAAAAGGUAGAAGUUGUCUAUUAGUUUGCCCUGUACUAUCAACUGAUUCACAGAUUACAACUGUUUCAUCGGGUUUAGGUAUUACACCCAUUGUAAGUAAAACAAUUUUAUUUCUUCAUAUAUAUAUAAUAGCAUUAAUAUAAUAAUAAAAUUGGAUAACUGCUUUGAAUAAUUGUCUUUGAUUUUAUUUCUCUUCCAUUUUUUACACCAAAAUGUUGAAUAUUCCAUACUAUGUUGUCUUAUCAACCUACAAUGUAUGUUUCAUUUCCCCUAAAGCAUGACACUGUGUACAACGUAUUAUUUUUUUAAAUAUUGAAAUAACUGAUAUACGAUCAACAUACAAAUUAGUUAUCUAGGCAGAUUAUCUACAUAUCAUUGAAAAUAACUAAACAAUAAAUGCUUAUUUAUUUAAGUAGUAAUUUUAACAUGCAUGUGAGAAAUCAACAAAAAUAAUUUCGUAAAGAAAAGAAUUCUGUUGAAAGCGUUUUGUACCAUGAAAGUAAAAUUCGAAUAUAUAUUUAUCAUCCAUCUCUUCAUGUAAUUUAUAGUUAUAUUGAUUGAGGACAGUUAACCUUGGAACUAAAUAUUAAGAAUGAUGAUUGAACGUUGAUUUUGUCCUCAUCCAACAUCGAUAGACUAUCUCAACCACACUUCCUUAAUAAAUAAAAUAACUUAUCACUUAAACAUCAACGAAAGGAGAUUGAACCAUUUUUAAAAGAUGGUUGAUAAUUCUUUGCUCAUUUUAACAAGUUUAACUGAGUUCGAAAUGUGAGACUAGACCUUAGUAAGUAGCAUUUAUAAUGAAAUGUAAUUGGUUGCAAUUUUGAUAAUUUCACGAUAAUUUAAAGGAAAACUCUAUUAUUGAAAUAAACUCAAAAUCCAUUUAGCAAUUGUACAUCUUAACUCAAUCAAAAAGACGUUUAGAACUGGUUCAUAAUAUGUAUCCACUCAAAUUCUUAUUGACCUUGGGUCUGCGUCAAGUCAACUGAUCAAAUCUAUAGAUUUUGCAGUGUUGUUAGUGCAUAAAAAUUCAUAAUUUUUGGAACAAUUAUCAACAAAGAUAUGUCUGCUAUUCCUGCUACUGAAUGAAAAACUGGUCACUUAUACAAAAGUGAUGCAUGCCUGAAGGAAAUGAAAUAUCUAAACUAACUUUUUCCUCGCAUUCAUAAAUCUAGCAUAACUGCAUUUAUGGUAACUUUUAACCACAUGAGAAAUUCAGUGAUUAACACCAAUGGCUAAGGCAUUUGUCUACAGUUUUUUCCGCUUUUUUGCACACAAAAUGUUGAAGGACUAUGUUUUUCGGAGUCUUUACAAAAGAUUCUAAUUGUUUGUCAAAAAUUACUGGCUUAAUAGGGUUGAUAAUCCCGAUAAUUUAUAGAAACGUGAAAUUAUACUCAGUGACAGGCAACACUUCCUUGUGAAGUUUGCUUCUUAAAUGAGAGGAGAAAUUGUUUGUUAAUAAUCGUUACACACAUUUAUUCAAUGAUGUUUAUUGUAUGACAGUAAUAGUAAUUUACUCAUCAAAAAUCUAACCUUAAUAUCGUUGUCAUAUCACAUGUGUGAUUGAUUUUUAAUUCGCUUUUUCCUAGAAAAUCAGUUGAUAGACGCGAUUAAUUUUUAGUUAUUAUGAUGAAAUUCCAUUGGUACAUGAAAUUCCAUGUAUGAUUUUUAAAAAAACUUCACCUAACAAUUCCAUGGUAGCUAAUCAUUUAUUAUCAUAAUUCAACAUUUCUCAAAUCAAGCAAACUAAAAGUAAUAAUCAAUAGGUUUAGAAACAUAUAUCUUCAAUGACUUAAUCACACCUUCAUGUGCUAGUGAAUAUAAAUCUAAUUUAUUUUAAGUUUUUGUUGAAAAUAAGAGUAACUCAACUGGCGUUUCAAUAACACUGCAUAUAGACCCCUAUGAUUGAAAAACCCACGUCCACUAAGCACAAAUAUCAGUGUUAUGUAUAAGUAAACCAUGUUCUAGAACGCUGACCAUAUUCUUUUAUUUUCACUAACCAACGUUUAUUCCCCUACAUUUUAGUUAGUAUACGUAUUCCAAAAUGUUUGAAUAAACAAUUUCCCCAAUCAUAUUAUUGAUUAAUAGAUCCCAUUAAUUAUAUCACAGAUAAUAUUCGGGGGGGGGGACUGAAAACAAACGUAUUUCAUUCUAAGGCAUUAUCUUCCAACACAAACCAAUUGUACAUUUUGAAAUCAAGUGCUUAUACUGAAAGAUUUAAUCAAAACAAAUUAUAAACUUCUAAAUUUACGAUUGCUACUUUUAGUGAAAAUCACUAUUACGAUCCACUAUCAUAACAACAAUUGUAUGACACGUAGUUUAAUGUUGUGGUACAUCUGACAUUGUUUGUUACUUUAGAUUGCAACAGCGUUAGAAAAUGGUGAAAUUCAUAUAACACAUGUCCCUGAAUCUUGUUUCAGUUGUAUGGUUGAAUUUUGUUCUCUUGGUUUUAUCAAUAAAAAUGAAUUAGUGAAUCAUGUUGUACAAGAUCAUUAUUUAGGCGAAUCAACCGAUGAAUUUCGAUGUAAUUGGGCUUCAUGUGAUCUAUAUCUUCCGUUGAAUUGUUCACAAUUUAAUAAAGAGAUAUUAGAAGAUCAUGCUCAUCAACAUGUAUAUUCAUAAGAGAAAUCUAAUUUCUUCUUUAUUUAAUUAUCAUUUUACUAAAUGUAUUAUUUAUUGUUUAUUAUUAUUAUUAUUCAUUUAUUAUUCACUUCCUGUUUGUUUAUUUGUUUACAACAAUAAUACGUAACAUUUAAACAAAUCUCAUUUAAAACUACCUAAGAUUUCGUCCGCAUUUUCAUCAUAUAUUUAUGCAUAUACAUUUGUUUGAAUGAAUUGAAAGCAUUCUAAACAAAUUUUUAUUUGCUGAAUGAUCAAUAUCCUAUUGUUUAUUGUUCUAUACUUCUUUUUCAACAGUAAUUUGUUUUUCUUAUAUUAUCAACCAAUUAACACGUCAUAUUGUUUUAAUAAACAUAAUAAGAAAUUGUGUUACCUACAUAUAGAUAUUAAUCACUUGUUAAAUGUAAUAAGGAAUCAACUUCAUAACUUUGUUUAUUUUUUAAAGAACUUUUUGUUGUUGUUGUUGAUAAAUCCAUGUUUA